ACCGCUGCUCCCAGACCCCGCUAGCUGCUUGCCGCCCGCUCUUCUCGUGCAUCAGACCACGUCCCAGCCAGUGCUCCUAGCUCCUCUCUCCAUGGCCGCGCUUACCAAGAAUCCGCAGUUCCAGAAGCUGCAGGAAUGGUACCGUGAGCAUGGCUCUGACCUCAACUUGCGCCGCCUUUUCGAAGGGGACAAGGAACGCUUCAAUCAUUUCAGCUUGACACUCAGUACCAACCGUGGACGUAUUCUGGUGGAUUACUCCAAGAACCUUGUGACGGAAGGUGUGAUGCAGAUGCUGGUGGACCUGGCCAAGUCCAGGGGUGUGGAGGCUGCCCGGGAGCACAUGUUCUCUGGUGAGAAGAUCAACUUCACUGAGAAUCGGGCAGUGCUGCACGUGGCGUUGCGGAACCGGUCAAACACGCCCACUCUGGUGGAUGGCAAGGAUGUGAUGCCAGAAGUCAACAGGGUCCUGGAGAAGAUGAAGUCUUUCUGUCAGCGCGUCCGCAGCGGUGAGUGGAAGGGUUACUCAGGCAAGUCCAUCACAGACGUCAUCAACAUUGGCAUCGGUGGCUCGGACCUGGGACCCCUCAUGGUGACUGAAGCCCUGAAGCCGUACUCUUCAGGAGGCCCCCGGGUCUGGUUUGUCUCCAACAUUGAUGGGACCCACAUAGCCAAAACCCUGGCCAACCUGAACCCUGGGUCCUCCCUGUUCAUCAUUGCUUCCAAGACUUUUACCACCCAGGAGACCAUCACGAAUGCAGAGACAGCAAAGGAUUGGCUUCUCCAGUCGGCCAAGGAUCCUUCAGCUGUUGCGAAGCAUUUUGUUGCCCUGUCUACCAACACGCCCAAAGUGAAGGAGUUUGGAAUUGAUCCUCAAAACAUGUUCGAGUUCUGGGAUUGGGUAGGAGGACGCUACUCGCUGUGGUCAGCCAUUGGACUCUCAAUUGCUCUGCACGUGGGAUUUGACAACUUCGAGCAGCUGCUCUCGGGGGCUCACUGGAUGGACCAGCACUUCCGCACAGCACCCCUGGAGAAGAACGCCCCUGUCCUGCUGGCUUUGCUGGGUAUCUGGUACAUCAACUUCUUUGGGUGUGAGACACAUGCCAUGCUGCCCUAUGACCAGUACCUACACCGCUUUGCCGCCUACUUCCAGCAGGGUGACAUGGAGUCCAAUGGGAAGUACAUCACCAAGUCCGGCACCCGUGUGGACCAUCAGACAGGUCCCAUUGUGUGGGGGGAGCCAGGGACCAAUGGCCAGCAUGCCUUCUACCAGCUCAUCCACCAAGGCACCAAGAUGAUACCCUGUGACUUCCUCAUCCCAGUCCAGACUCAGCACCCAAUAAGGAAGGGUCUGCAUCACAAGAUCCUCCUGGCCAACUUCUUGGCCCAGACUGAGGCUCUGAUGAAGGGGAAGUCGACGGAGGAGGCUCGGAAGGAGCUUCAGGCUGCAGGAAAGAGUCCGGAAGACUUGGAGAAGCUCUUGCCGCACAAGGUCUUUCAAGGAAAUCGUCCAACCAACUCUAUUGUGUUCACCAAGCUCACACCAUUUAUUCUUGGAGCCUUGAUUGCCAUGUAUGAGCACAAGAUCUUCGUUCAGGGCAUCAUCUGGGACAUCAACAGCUUCGACCAAUGGGGAGUGGAGCUGGGAAAGCAGCUGGCUAAGAAAAUUGAGCCUGAGCUUGAUGGCAACAGCCCAGUGACCUCUCACGAUUCUUCCACCAAUGGGCUGAUCAGCUUCAUCAAGCAGGAGCGUGAAGCCAUAAUAAGCCAAUAAACCCAUGCUGGGCUGCAGUCCCCAUUGUGACUGUCUUCCUUGUCCCUCUUCACCAGAGUCUGCACUGCAUGGUCCUACCCAGAGCACCCUCUGGUCACAGUCUUAGACCACAAGUCCUUGGAGGAAGCUGGUCUGGAAUUGCCACCCCACCCUCCGUGUCCUCGCCCCUGUGAUUUACAAUUAGCUGGAGUGUUUCAGUGCAAGUGAUUUUUCUGACCCACGUUCACACUGUUCCUGUGCCAGGUAGAAAAAUAAAGAUGCCACAAAGGAGGUUGUAAGCUCA